AUGCAUAUGUAUAUAUGAAUUGGCUUAAUGCCCCUUCGACGCGGGAGCCAUAGUGGCCAGGAUUCUCGGGGCAGUCAGUCGAGCAUUCGACGGCGAAAAAGCAUCAGCGAAGAGUACCCGAGACCGUCGGUGCUUGGCGGACGUAAGUUAUUCGCUUUUAUCUAGCC